UUCGGAAUCUCGACCUGCCUUUUGGAAGAGGAGCAGCACUAUGGCGGGCACAAAGAGGAAAUCAGCCAAAGAAGGGCAAGAGCAAGAGGCUGAAAGAGGUUCCAAUGCAUCUUCGGGUUCUUCUAAGCGUAUCAAAGAAUCAGAGACAUCUGAGCAAGAGCGCAAAAGAGCCUCUCAUCUCUAUACAGAUGACAACCCAUCGACGACGCUGCACGGCACCUCUUUCAAAGAUGCAGCAUCAGCUCAUCGAACAAUCCAGAUGGUCUCUGCCAAUCGUUCCUUGACGUACCAAUUCCAAACCAUCAACACGAUGCUUCAUCGAGCGAAGGGACAUCCUUCAAAAACCGAAGGGAUCAAAGCUUCCAUCCCCAUCUUUCAAGAAUGGGUAGACUCUUAUCAAUCCAGGAAAAGCGCGCUUCGGUCCUUCAAAAUGCUUAAGAAAGAUCGGGUGGCUAGGUAUUUGAAGUAUGUCGAUGAGCACACGCAUUAUUCAGACAAGGAAUGGCAAGCUUCCAAAAGCUGGGCUGAAAGAUACGUAGCUUUGCAGCCCAAACAGAGGUUAGCCAAUACCUUGAUGGACGAGAAGGAUCCAGCAGGCGAGGAUUUGGAAAGUCACAGGUACAGAGUUUUGCACGAGAUCGUUCCGGAUGUACCAAGGGACGCUUGGCAGCAAGAAGAUCUUUGGGCAGACAUUUCCAAGCGGAUUCCUUCAGGCACCCACCUCAAGAUGCUUCUGUACGCCUACUCUCCUCUGGGCAACGUUUAAGGUCUCCAAGUCAUGCCCGCACGCACAGCGCGCACCAAUUCGUAAUGACGAAGGAGUGCACAGGCGCGACAAUGAAAUCGAGA